UGGACCCAGCAGCUCCAUGGGCUGCUGCUGGGCGACGCCAGCCUGGCCGCCCGCCGGGACUUCAUCUCGGGCUUCACCGCCCUGCACUGGGCCGCCAAGAACGGCAACUGUGACAUGGUGACGAAUAUCAUCAGGGCGGCCGAGAAGGGGGGCACCCGCGUCAACGUGGAUGCCAGAUCGCACGGUGGCUACACGGCGCUCCACCUGGCUGCCAUACACGGCCAGGAGAAGAUCAUCACCAUGCUGGUCUACAGUUACCACGCCAAGACCGACCUGAGGGACUACAGCGGGAAGAAGCCGCACCAGUACCUCAAGGAAGGGACCUCCUCUACGGUCAGGCGCUUGCUGGGGGAUCCCAGCCUUCCCCACAGCGGGGAGCCCUCUGUGCCCAUCAAGAAGAGCACAAAGCUCGCGGCUUCGAUCUUGAGCUCCACCAGCACUUUCCUGGGGGUCAUAUCGGAUGACAUGGCUUUCUACGAUCUCACCAAAGGUUUAAGGAAGCCCUCGUCCUUAAACAAGCUCCUGGCUGCCACUACGGGCCCGAGGAGGAAGCCAAAGACCAGAGGUGGCUUCCCUUCGUACUCCUCCCUCUCCGAGGUAACGGAAGAGGAAGAGGAGGUCGUCGUGAAACGCAGACCCGUUUCGGAGCUGUUCUUUGGUCACUAG